CAUUAAGGCAGCAGGUAAACUAGGUUUGGCAGUUAAGUGUAUUGAGAAGCAAGUCCAUCAAAAUGGGCAACUGGAUUAUCAACCAUGGACUCACUUACUUCAUACAGGUGGUCUGGAUGGCAAUCAACAUAUUCCUCUUCGUCUGGUUCUUUUAUAUCUACGAGUUGGGGGAUCAGUAUUUCUACACUCGUCACAUUUUGGGGUCAGCGCUGGCUUGGGCCAGGGCCCCUGCAGCUGUCCUAAACUUCAACUGUAUGCUCAUCUUGUUGCCUGUGUGUCGGAACCUGCUCUCUCUCCUUCGUGGUUCCUUAAUGUGUUGUGGGAGGACUAUGAGGAAACAGCUAGACAACAAUCUGAGUUUCCACAAGAUGGUUGCAUACAUGAUUGGCUUGAUGACAGCUGUUCACACCAUAGCCCAUCUCUUCAACAUGGAAUGGUACUACAACAGUAGACAGGGGAAGUAUGACGACCUCAGCAGGACUCUAUCGGACCUGGGAGACGAAGAUGAUGAGACAUACCUGAACCCUUUCAGAUCCCUCUCUGAUACUCCCUCCUAUAUCGUGUUCACCACCAUUGCUGGGAUUACAGGGGUGAUUAUCACGCUCUGCCUCAUCCUCAUCAUCACAUCCUCUAUGGAGGUCAUCAGACGCAGCUACUUUGAGGUCUUCUGGUACACACAUCACCUCUUCAUAGUAUUUUUUGCUGGCCUGGUCUUCCAUGGGGCUGGACGCAUUGUGCGGAGUCAGCAAAACAUUGGCCCACUGUACAACCUCACCCACUGUAAAGACGAUUUGGAUGACUGGGGGAAAAGCGAGUGUCCUAUCCCGCAGUUUGCAGGGGGGUUCCCACAGACUUGGAUGUGGGUGAUUGGUCCCAUGGUGAUCUACUUGUGUGAGAGGUUGCUGCGAUUCAUCCGUUACAUGCAGAACGUCGAGUACAGAAAGAUUGUUAUCCGGCCAUCCAAGGUGUUGGAGCUGCAGUUGGUGAAGAACGGCUUCAAGAUGGAUGUGGGUCAGUAUGUCUUCCUCAACUGCCCAGGAAUCUCCCCACUGGAGUGGCACCCCUUUACCAUGACCUCCGCCCCUGAGGAGGACUUCUUCAGCGUCCACAUCCGUUCUGCGGGCGACUGGACCCAGAAGCUCAUCAGCAUGGUGGAGCAACUGCCCGAGGGGGCACAGGGUCCCAAAAUAGGAGUGGAUGGUCCAUUUGGGACAGCGAGUGAGGAUGUCUUUGACUAUGAGGUCAGCAUGCUGGUUGGUGCUGGUAUUGGAGUCACCCCGUUUGCAUCUAUCCUCAAGUCCAUCUGGUACAAAUUCAAAGAAUCCAACCCUAAACUACGAACCAGAAAGAUUUACUUCUAUUGGCUGUGCCGAGAGACAAGUGCUUUUGAGUGGUUUGCAGAUCUGCUGCAGGUGUUGGAGAGGGAGAUGGAGGAGAGAGGCAUGGGCGACUUCCUCACAUACAAACUCUACCUCACUGGAUGGGACCAGAGCCAUGCCAAUCAUGUGAUGGUUCACUUCGAUCAGGACACGGACGUCGUCACAGGACUGAAGCAGAAAACGCACUAUGGCAGGCCAAACUGGGAGAAGGAGUUCGAACAAGUCCGCAAUGAGAACCCAACGUCAGUGGUGGGGACAUUCCUGUGUGGCCCUGCAGCUUUGGCAGAUGUCCUCGCAAAGAAAUGUGUGAAGUACUCAGACGUAGAUCCCAGAAAGACCAAAUUCUACUUCAACAAGGAAAACUUCUGAGAUGAGAUUCUUCCCUCUUUGAAGGACAAGCUGGCUCUUUGCUCUUUCAAAAUAUCGGGUUUGCAAUACUGGUUUUGUGAGUCAGUGGAACACAAUACAGUGUUGGAACUCAGUUUGACAGACCUGGCGGUCUCUGUGACUCCUACAAUAGGUGUGUUUAAAUACCUGUAGGAUUCUACCUCCACAAAAUAACUCAAUUUGAGCACAUCACAAAUAAUAAUAAUGUAUUCAUUUAGAAAAACAGUCAUUUUACAGCCUUGUAGAGUGAUGUCAAUCCUGCUCAGGUAUUGGCUCUUGUUCCUUAACCCUUGUGUUAUCUUCGGGUCAAUGUGACCCCCCCCCCCACGUAUUGCGACAACUUUACCUCAUACAAAAAUAAAGUGAAGCAUUUUCUUUUAACCGUUGGGCUGUCUCACACCCAAUGAAAAAUGCUUUUAAUUUGUUUUUGUAUUGGGUAAAGUUGUCACAGCACAACGAUGGGCCGUUGUGACCCAAAGGCAGCACAAGGGUUAAAUCAGAUUCAAGACCCUGGUACUGACCUUCCGAGCAGUGAACGGGACUGCACCCGUCUACAUCAAGUCUCUCCUGCAGCCUUACACCCCCACCCGUCACCUACGGUCUUCUUCAGACAACCGCCUGGUGGUCCCACCGCUCAAGACCGCCCGGUCCCAACACAAGCUCUUCUCCUGUCUGGCCCCCCAGUGGUGGAAUCAACUCCCCACCUCCAUCAGAGACACUGACUGUCUCUCCACCUUCAAGAAAAGGCUCAAGACGCACUUGUUCCGGGAAUACAACGGUACUUUGGAAUGGUUCGCUUGACCCGAUGUUAGUUUCCUCAAGGAUCACAAUGACUCUUGCUUAGAGACUUGUUGCUCUUGUGGUUAGUGGUAACUGAUUUAAAUUGUUGUACUCGCUGUGAUAUAUUGUUUUUAUUAUUGUUUCUUGCUUUUUCCACAGGUACACUUGCACUUAUAGCGGUUCAUGUUGUUUAAUUGUAACUUGUUUAACUACAUGCUCUUAUGGUUCUUCCCUUUGGCACUUACUUUGGUUGUUCACAAUGUGUGCUUCAUGUUUUGGCUACUCGCAAUGUUUAUGUGGCUAUCUUGUUGUUAUGAUCAGUGACCUAUGCACUUUACAUUUAGUCAUUUUUGCAGACGCUCUUAUCCAUAGCGACUUACAGUAAGUACAGGGACAUUCCCCCUGAGGCAAGUAGGGUGAAGUGCCUUGCCCAAGGACACAACGCCAUUUGGCAUAGCCGGGAAUCGAACCGGUAACCGAACCGGUAACCUUCAGAUUACUAGCCCGACUCCCUAACCGCUCAGCCACCUGACGCCACUUCGCCACUUUGUAAAGCUCUCUCUUGGAAGUCGCUUUGGAUAAAAGCGUCUGCUAAAUGACUAAAUGUAAAUAUUAACCUUUCAGUGAUGUAUGAGUCAGGUAACUGUCAUCCAUAAAAAGCCUUUGUGUGCUGCUGGAUAGCAUUGCUGAUUACUCUCUUUGUGACUGCUGGUAGCGAUCCAUGUUGGUGGCUGACGUGUUGUGUUAGAGGUGUGGUCCAUGUUACGUAAUCUUUUUGACAGGUGUACGUGUUCCAGGGUCUGCACAUUAGGAUCUACAGAACAGGACAGAAAGUUGAAUCCUCUCAAACUCGAGGAUUGACUAAUGCCUUUGUCACCUGUCCUCUUUCAGGUCUGUUUCACUGUUGUGUACAUGUUCAGGUCUUAUCUCGUUUUUACUGCUCCCCCAAAGUCCUCCCAAUAGUCCCAUAAGAUAUGUAACCAAUCAGAUAUUUGCUAUGGGGUGUGUUUGUCCAGGUUUGGUCAGAGACAAGGAAAUGAGAAAUGUUUGGGAAAUAUUCUUAUUUCUAGAAACACCAUAAAAGAGAAGGAAGUACUGAUGGGAAUCAAGG